GAGCUGUCAUGUGAGCGAGAGAUCCCAGGCGAAGAAACAGGAGCCUAAACCAGUCGGGCUGAAAGGGUUAAUAAUGAAGAGGAAGGGGGGGCUGGCCAGGCUCCAGAUGUUCACAGCUGUUCUUCAGGGCUCUGGCGAACGCGAAAUACUACCUCCAGCCCCGAGCAUUUUCUCACAUAUGAAGAUUAAACAAGAAAAGGGGGUUCUUCAUACCCCACCCCCAGUGUAAAUUGUCAGCGAGAGCUUUGCACCGCCUCGCUGUGUGGGGUUUGAUCGCCUUUGGCUUCCAUGGGUGACGGGAGAGAGAAGGAGGGGAAAACUUUCCACAGACUUUUGGCUUAGUGGUUGCGUGGAGGAUUCCCACAGGGGUGGAUUGAGCGCCCUCCCUUCCUUGUCUCACCGUUGGAAUCAGUAGCUCGUUCCAAAGACCCACAACAGAGCGACAAUGUUCCCGAGACUCUUUCAACAGUGGAGCGUCGUAGUCUUUCUCCUGAGUUACUGUGUACCCUCCUCUGGACGAUCACUGGAAGGAAACAGCCGCAGACUCAGCAAAAGGACAGUAUCAGAAUAUCAGCUGCUGCACGACAAAGGCAAGUCUUUGCAAGAUAUACGAAGACGAAACUUCCUGCAAAAUUUAAUUGAAGGGGUUAACACAGCAGAAAUCCGAGCUAUGUCAGAGGUAUCGCCUAACCCUAAACCUUCCACAAUUGCAAAGAACUAUGCUGCCCGAUGCUGCAGUGAUGACGAGGGCAAAUACCUGACCCAAGAGACCAACAAAGCUCAGACGUACAAAGAGCAGCCCCUUAAGACACCAGGGAAGAAAAAGAAAGGGAAGCCUGGGAAACGUAAGGAGCAAGAGAAGAAAAAGCGGAGGGUUCGUUCAGCCUGGCUCAGCUCAAGAUGGUCUGGUAGUGGAAUGGCAAAGAUGCCUCUCUCGGAUAUGGUUCUUACUGCACAUGUUACACGACAAGGAGGUGUUGACAUGGUCAGCUGAGAUAUUUGGAAAACACAUUGCAGUAUUCUGAAAUAGUGAGCAUAUGGAAAGUGUUAGAAGUAAAUCCUGGCCCCAGAUGCUCUCCAAAACUGCACGUUUGAACAUUGUGAAUAGUGGGGGAUUUAUUAUUUUUUUUGCUAAGACAAUUCUUGUCACAUUUAACAUAAUUUAUUUUAUUGAAUGAUGUAUUUAUUUCCAUCUUGGUGCUGCUGACUUUAUAUAAUUUUUUUUUGGAACAUAAAUGCACUUUAGAGAUACACUACAUCUUGUGUUGAUAAGACAUAAAUAAACUUUUCCUGUUUUUGUAUUGGUUUUAA